CCUGCGCUCUGCCUGCCAGGCUGCAGCCGUGUGCCAGCUCGCUGUUUAGUUCUGUUUUACAGUUUAAGAGGAAGACUGCUGAUGAAGCGGGGCUGCCUGUCUGAGCAGAAACCACCACAUGUAGAGAAAAUGAGUCGUAAACACAGAGAACAGGCAGAGGAAGUGAUUCUAAUCAGGCGCCCUCUCUGGGUGUGACUUCCUCUGAAGUUUGGUUCCACUCUCCCCCAGGCUGUGGCGCAGAGUUUCUCCCUCUGAGGCUCCAUCUGAAGGUGAGGCAUGUGACUCCAGGAGGCUCACCUGUGUGAGCACCCAGGUGUCUUCUUCUUCUACUCCAGUACUGGGAGCGUCUGGACGAGCUACUGAAGUGGGAGUAAACUGAAACUGCAUCAUGGAUCAGAGGGAGGGCAGAGAGAAAGAGGAGGAGGCUCGGCGGAGCCGUAUGAGAUCAGACUCUCCAGGAUCUGAACCCAGCAUGUGGUCCUUCAGGAGCGACUGGUCCAAGGAGCCGCCGCUUUAUUUCCAGAGUGAUGAUUCUAGAGGGUUCCAUGGUAGACCAGACUCUCCUGAACCCAGCCACGUGUCCUUAAAGAGUGACUGGUCCAAGGAGCCGCCGCUGUAUUUCAGUGGACCUUUACCAGAGAGGUUCCAUGGUAGACCAGACUCUCCUGAACCCAGCCACGUGUCCUUAAAGAGUGACUGGUCCAAGGAGCCGCCGCUGUAUUUCAGAAGAGAAAAAGUUGACCAGCAGAACUCAGAUGUACCCAGUGGUUCAUCUUUGCAGCAGCAUCAGACAGGAUUGGACUCCAUAUUUUUGCUGCUUGAGGAGAAUAUUAUCCCGUUUGUAAAGCGUGAGCUGAAGAGGAUCCACAAGAGUCUGGUUAACCCAGAAAGUUUCAAGAGUUUGAGGGAUGAUGAGGAAGUGUUGGAUGGUGAUGAAGAGGAGGAGCAGAGUAGCAGCAGGGAGGCAUUUCUGAAGAUCACAGUGAACUUUCUGAGGAGGAUGAAGCAGGAGGAGCUGGCUGACCUUCUGCUGAGCAGACCUUCAUCUUCAGUUUGUCAGCGUAAACUUAAAUCCAACCUGAAGGAUAAGUUCCAGUGUGUGUUUGAGGGGAUCGCUAAAGAAGGGAACCCAGUCCUCCUGAAUCAGAUCUACACAGAGCUCUACAUCACUGAGGGAGGGACUGGAGAGGUCAACGAGGAACACGAGGUCAGACAGAUCGAAAAUGCAUCAAGAAAACCAUACACACCUGAAACAACCAUCAGACAGGAGGACAUCUUCAAAGCUGUGGCUGGAAGAAAAGAACCAAUCAGGACAGUGAUGACGAAGGGCGUGGCUGGCAUUGGGAAAACAGUCUUAACACAGAAGUUCACUCUGGACUGGGCUGAAGGCAGAGCCAACCAGGACAUCCAGUUCACAUUUCCAUUCACUUUCAGAGAGCUGAAUGUGCUGAAAGAGAAAGAGUUCAGCUUGGUGGAGCUCCUUCAUCACUUCUUUACUGAAACCAAAGAAGCAGGACUCUGCAGGUUUGAGGACUUCCAGGUGGUCUUCAUCUUUGACGGUCUGGAUGAGUGUCGGCUUCCUCUGGACUUCACCAACAAUGAGAUCCUGACUGAUGUUAGCCAGUCCACCUCGGUGGAUGUGCUGCUGACUAACCUCAUCAGGGGGAACCUGCUUCCAUCUGCUCGCCUCUGGAUAACCACACGACCUGCAGCAGCCAAUCAGAUCCCUCCUGGGUGUGUUGACAUGGUGACAGAGGUCAGAGGGUUCACUGACCCUCAGAAGGAGGAGUACUUCAGGAAGAGGUUCAAAGAUGAGAGGCAGGCCAGCAGAAUCAUCUCCCACAUCAAGACCUCCAGAAGCCUCCAGAUCAUGUGCCACAUCCCGGUCUUCUGCUGGAUCACUGCUACAGUUCUGGAGGAUCUGCUGAAGACCACCAAGAGAGGAGAGCUGCCCAAGACCCUGACUGAGAUGUUCAUCCACUUCCUGGUGGUUCAGACCAAACUGAAGAACAUCAAGUAUGAUGGAGGAGCUGAGACUGAUCCAAACUGGAGUCCAGAGAGCAUGAAGAUGAUCCGGUCUCUGGGUAAGCUGGCUUUUGAGCAGCUGCAGAAAGGAAACCUGAUCUUCUAUGAACCAGACCUGAUGGAGUGUGGAAUCGAUAUCAGAGAAGCCUCCUGGUACUCAGGAGUGUUCACACAGGUCUUCAGAGUGGAGAGAGGACUGUACCAGGACCAGGUCUUCUGCUUCAUCCAUCUGAGUGUUCAGGAGUUUCUGGCUGCUCUUCAUGUCCAUCAGACCUUCACCAACUCUGGAGUCAAUCUGCUGUCAGAAGAACCAUCAACCUCCCAGACACAGUUCUACCAAACAGCCGUGGACCAGGCCCUGCAGAGUCCAAAUGGACACCUGGACCUGUUCCUCCGCUUCCUCCUGGGUCUUUCACUGCAGACCAAUCAGACUCUCCUACGAGGUCUGGUAGCACCAACAAGAAGUAGCUCAGAGACUGAUGAGGACAAAGUGGAGUACAUCAAGAAGAAGAUUAAUGAGAUGAUCUCACCAGAAAGGAGCAUCAAUCUGUUCCACUGUCUGAACGAGCUGAAGGACUAUUCUCUAGAAAAGCAGAUCCAGCAGUACCUUGGUUCAGGAAAACUUGCCAGAGAGAAACUGUCUCCUGCUCAGUGGUCAGCUCUGGUCUUCAUCUUGCUCUCAUCAGAGAAAGAUCUGGAUGUCUUUGACCUGAGGAAGUACUCUGCAUCUGAAGAGGCUCUCCUGAGGCUGCUGCCAGUGGUCAGAGCCUCCAAGAAAGCUGUGCUGAGUGGAUGUAAUCUCUCAGAAGAAAGCUGUAAAGCUCUGUCAUCAGUCAUCAGCUCCCAGUCCUCCAAUCUGAGGGAGCUGGACCUGAGUAACAACAACCUGCAGGACUCAGGAGUGGAGAUCUUGUCUGAGGGACUGGGGAGUCCAAACUGUUUACUGGAAACCCUCAGGCUGUCAGGCUGUCUGAUCACAGACAAAGGCUGCUCUUUUCUAGUCUCAGCUCUGACAUCCAACCCCUCCCACCUCAGAGAGCUUGACCUGUGCUACAAUCAUCUGACUGAUUCAGAAGUGGCCAAACUGGAGGAUCCAAACUGGGAACUUUGGCUGGAGCCUUCUGGACCUCAGUGGUUGACACCAGGUCUGAGGAAGUAUUCUUGUGAACUCCAGCUCGACCCAAACACCAUGUACAGACAGAUCCAACUGUCCGACAACAACAGGAAGAUGACCUAUGUGGAGGAGGACCAGCCGUAUCCUGAUCAUCCAGACAGGUUUGAGGAGUGGCGUCAGGUGCUGUGUAGAGAUGGUCUGACUGGUCGCUGUUACUGGGAGGCGGACUGCCUCGGAUACGUGGAUGUGUCGGUGAGUUACAGAGGAAUCAGCAGGAGAGGAAACAGAGACGACUGUUCGUUUGGAAGCAACGAUCAGUCCUGGAGUCUCCACUGCACCAGUGAUGGUCGCUUUUGUGUGUGGCACAACAACAAAGGAACCAUCUCCUACUCCUCCGCCUCCCUGGCCUCAUCCGCCCCCUUCCACUCCUUAGGCCCGGUCUCUAACAGAGUAGCCGUGUAUGUGGACCAUCCUGCUGGCAUCUUGUCCUUCUACAUCGUCUCCUCUGACACAGGCAAACUGGUCCACAUCCACACCUUCAACACCACAUUCACUGAGCCUCUGUAUCCUGGGUUUGGUUUUGGGUUCACCAAUCCUGGGUCCUUGGUGUCUCAGUGUUCCCUGUUGGAGGACUGUCUCUGCUACAUGUGAUGGGUAGAGUAAUACAUCAGUUAUACCUUUCUUAGGAGUGUGUUUGAUACAUGAGCUGCAUUGUUCUAGGUCCUUUAUAGACUAAAGCUUCACCUCCUCCACCCCAGCUCCUCCUUUAUAGACUAAAGCUCCACCUCCUCCACCCCAGCCUCCUCCUUUAUAGACUAAAGCUCCACCUCCUCCACCCCAGCCUCCU